CAGUGUAGUUCCUCGGGCAGAUUCAUUUUCAACGAAACUGAGGAGAGCUGCGGUCAGUGGAAUAAGGAAGCUGCUUGAAAGAGUUAAGCUGAAACAGUUCCGAAGUAAGAAAAGCGCAGAGCGAGGAGAGAUCAAAGGAUCUUUGCAACAGGAUACCGCCUGAGAAACCCACCCGUUUCUUUAAGCACGGAAAGAGGGGAGGAUUUGAACAACACGUACUGUAUAUGUGAGUCAUUUAAGUUUUCUUCUCUUCCAAAAUCAACGAAAUGCUCGUAAACUUUGACUGCAUGUCCGUGUGAUGAAUUGGACCAUCAAAUGGAAGCUGUUCUGUAAAUUUAUUAGGUGGAGCGAUUGGAAUACGUAAAAAAAGCGGUUUUAUUUUUUGUGCGAAUUUAAUGAAGAAAAAAAGUUCGAAAACUUUAUCCACGUGAGAAACAUUUUCUUUCCGCUGGUGUGAGCAGAUACCGAAGGGGGGCUUUCUUACCCUAAUUUCUCACUCUGACCUUGUUCUCUCAUCAGCAUUUUUGGGAUCUUUUGAUAAAUACGAUUUUUUGUAAAGUAGUGGAAGAAAAUGCUUGUUGCCGAUUCCUUGAUUUGUUUUAAGAUCUUUCCGAACCAGAAGACGCUAAAUCAUUUGAGGUUUGGUUUAGUGGUUUUCCUUCAUGUGCUGGUUAUAACCUCCUCUCAGGCAAACACUUGUCCAGAAAAAUGCGUGUGCUCUAUUUCGGAGAGGACAACAAUUGCAAAAUGUGUGAACAACGGUCUGUCUGCCAUUCCCUAUCCCUUGCCGGCAAACGUGAAGACUUUGUUCAUCACCGGGAAUAACAUCUCUCACCUUACGGGAGAUUCUUUCCAGCAGACACUGGAACAGCUGACCUACCUGAAUCUCAGUGGAAAUAAAAUUGAGCAGAUAGACCCAAAGGUGUUCACCAAUAUGCCAAGGCUCGGACAACUUGAUUUGAGCAACAACAGGAUUUUCAGGUUCAGUGCUGAAGCGUUCAGCGCCGACAACGUAUUACAGCAGCUAAAUCUAAGCAGUUCGAUUUUUAAUUCCUCCUACAUAGAGGAAAUCUCAAAUGUGCUUCGAAUCGGAACUUUUCUGAACCUGACCACCCUGGAGCUAUCGUAUAACGACCUUGUUUACCUCCCAGAGGGUAUGUUCUCCAACUUGCCAAACCUGAAGAAUCUUGACUUGAGAAACAAUUCCAUAGUCAGCGUCAAAAGGGGCGCUUUAAAAAAUCAGCGUCUGGAAAAUCUAGAUUUGAGAGAGAACUCUCUGAAGGAACUCUCAAAUGACACUUUGAAUGAGCUUGAUCUGCACCCAGACAUUAAAAUCCUGCUAGCAGGCAAUUCCUGGCUCUGCAAUUGUAACAUAGAGGAUUUUCUCCUUUGGCUACAGAAAUCUGAAUCUGUACUGGACAAGCAGGACCUAGUCUGUGCUUUCCCUGAAAACCUGAGAAACACACGAUUGCUCCAGAUGAAUGCAUCUGAACUCCAGUGCACUUUCUCUGAGGAUAUGAAAGGUGUCUUGCAAACUUCAUAUGUCUUCCUGGGAAUUGUUCUAGCCUUAAUCGGAGUGAUUUUUCUGCUAGUACUGUACCUGAAUAGAAAGGGCAUCAAAAAGUGGCUUUACAACAUUAGAGAUGCCUGCAGGGAUCAUAUGGAAGGAUAUCAUUACAGAUAUGAAAUCAACACUGACCCAAGGUUAACAAAUCUAAGUCUGAAUUCUGAAGUUUGAGAGAUGGAAACGCUGUCCGUAUCAAGGCAUGGUGACUUGUUAUAGCUAUGCAUGAAAUCCUCCUGUAAAAAGGGGCUUAAAUCUGUGCUUGCCCUUCUCCAUAGAAACCAGCAUCUUUAACAGUAAAGACUUUUAUUUAGUUCACGCUGGGAACUUGCCACCAUGUGCCCAUGUGAUGUGAUGUUCACUGAUGUGUUUUGUCAUCUCUUGAUGUUGUGCAAUGCUGCAUGAUACAGGGCUUGGAAUACUGGGGGCCCAAUACAAGGAUAUUGAACUAUAACCCAUCUGGAGAUUCUUUUCAUACAACAGAAAUGCAAAGACUGUACAGAGUUUUCAUAGUACCACUUAAAAGCCUAGUUUACAGUGUCUUCAUAUUUAUUAUAUGUUAAGUGCAGUAUCUUCCUCAUGUUUUUUUUUCCCUUUAGAACCCAGUUAAGCCUUUGAUCCUAAGAAAAAGCAAAAUUUGUAAUCUGCAAUAUCAUGAAUGUCAUAAUAUUUAGUCUUGUUAUGAAAUGUGCAGCAGUACGGAAUAUUUUUGUGUUUUGUUUUUCUUAAAACAUAUAUGUAUGACCAAGAGAUGUUGCAUUAUUGCUUCUAUAGACAACCUUUUUUUUUUCUAUCUUCCUCCAAAUAAAUCCUUUUUGGAAACUAUUUGCUGAAAUUAA